GAGCAGCAGAGGAACAAUUUCAGCCAUUUGGACUCAGCUCAGCCACUACAGAGGAAACAAUGACUUCAACACAAAAGGACCAACAUAGAGCGAGAAGUCAGCGCUCUCAGGAGGCCGACAAACCUCACAGAAGAAAGGAAGAGAAAAUAUACAGCUGUGAAGAGUGUGGGAAGGAUUUUACCCAGUCUGGGAGCUUAAAAACACACCACCUCAUCCACAGUGGAGUUAAACCGUACAGGUGUGACCUGUGUGGAAAAUGUUUUACCCAGAAAGGACACUUAAAAGCACACCAACUCAUCCACAGUGGAGUUAAACCGUAUAGCUGUGAGUUGUGUGAAAAGUCUUUUAACCAACCUGGAAGCCUAAAAAGACACCAACUCUUCCACAAUGGAGUUAAAGCAUACAGCUGUGAGUUGUGUGGAAAAUAUUUUAGCCAGAAAGGAUAUUUAAAAACACAUGAACUCAUUCACAGUGGAGUUAAAGCAUACAACUGUGAAUUGUGUGGAAAGUCUUUUACCUAUCCUAGAAGCUUAAAAACACACAAACUCAUCCACAGUGGAAUUAAACCAUACAGCUGUGAGUUGUGUGGAAAGUCUUUUACCCAAGCUGGAAGCUUAAAAACACACCGACUCAUCCACAGUGCAGUUGAAGCACACAGAUGUGACUUGUGUGGAAAGUCUUUUACCCAUGCUGAAAGCUUAAAAAGACACCAACUUAUCCACAGUGGAGUUAAAGCAUACAGCUGUGAGUUGUGUGGAAAGUCUUUUACCCAUGCUGAAAGCUUAAAAACACACCAACUCAUCCACAGUGGAGUUAAAGCAUACAGCUGUGAGUUGUGUGGUAAGUCUUUUACAUAUCCCAAAAGCUUAAAAACACACAAACGCAUUCACAGUGGAGUUAAACCAUACAGCUGUAAUCAGUGUGGUAAAACUUUUGCUCAGAGUAGCAACUUACGAUGUCAUCUAGUUACCCACUCUGGAAUUAAGGCGUACAGCUGUGACAUUUGUGGGAAAACUUUCAGCACGCUAGGGUACCGCAAUAUUCACGUACGGAUUCACACCGGACAGGAUGUUUUCUGCUGUGAUCAGUGUGGGAAACUGUUUACAACAGCCACACACUUACAAAGCCACAUGUUUACCCACACUGAGGAGAGACCUUAUAAAUGUGACCUGUGCAAUAAGGCUUUUAAAUCUCCACGUCACCUGAAACUCCACCAAGAGAUCCACAUGAGAAAGAAACUCUACAAGUGCAGUUACUGUGAGAAGCAGAGCGACACAGAUGGAUCCAGUAGUCAACCCUGUCGUCACUGUGGUGGUGGGAAAGACUUUCGUUGUGACCUUUGUGGAAAAACUUUCAGUAGGCAACAAAGCCUAAAAAUACAUCAGCGUAGACACACUGGAGACAAAAUGAACUACUGCAAAGAAUGUGGGAGAGGCUUCCCCACAUCAAGUGCAUUAAAAAAGCACGUACUCAUUCACAGUGGGGUCAAAAAGUACGUCUGUGACCAGUGUGGGUCAUCCUUCACCACUGCAGGUGAGCUUAAAGUGCAUAAACGAGUCCACACAGGAGAGAAACCAUACAAGUGCAAACACUGUGACAGAAACUUCUCACGAUCGAGUAGUCGUAACCUUCAUGAACGUACACACGUGGAAGAGAACUUCAGCUGUGACCAAUGGCAUCAGUGUGAUCAUGUAGGACUGAAAUCACUGGAUCACAAUGAUUCUGAAGAGACAGAAAGAUCCACUUCUGGUUUCAGGGUCAGACUUAAAAACCUUGAGAUCAGGCUCCACAGAGUUCAGCUAGAGUCUCCUGUAAAGAGUGCAGCUGAUGUCACACUUGGAUUUUAUGAGGUAGCUCUGCUUUCUGGACCUGCAGUAAAUAAUCCAGGAUCUUAAAUUUAGGAAUCUGCAAGUAUAGACAUGAAAAUCAAGGUUUUCUCCCUUGAGAGAUCUAUGGCUCUAAAUUUCUAUCCCUGUUAAAUUUUAAUCUUUGUUCAAUUAGAACAUAAUAGUGUUUUGUAGUUGUACUUUUUAAAGUAAUAUAAAUGCUAUGUGAAUAUGUUUUUUGUUUUUGUUUUUAACCAAACUAAUAUUGUACCAAAUAUCAGUGUAUGGCUAUAUACAUCAAUUUCUUUCAUUUCAACUUUCUUAGUUUUUUUUUAAAUGAACUUGUUUUUCAUCUAUUUAUCUUAUGUGUUACCUCAGUUAAAUUUUAAUGGUUUUUCAUAUUUAAACUUAUGCUUUGGUAAUCCAUGUUCUUAAAUCAAUUUCUUUCAAAACUCCAAAUCAUUUCACACCAGUUCCUGCAAAUCAAAUCAAAUCAAAUCACUUUUAUUGUCACGUCACAUGUGCAGGUACACUGGUACAGUACAUGUGAGUGAAA